UCAUUUACAGCUGACCGCCUUCGUAUGGAAAAGUGAAAAUAAAGUUUUUAUUAUUCAAAUGUUAUUGAAAAUCUAAAAAAUAUACAACAAAAAGCAUCUUUUUAGUUCAAUUAAAUUAAUAUAUUUGUUAAUAGUUAUGUUUCACAAUCAGUUAUGUGUUCCAUUUUAUCAAUAUAAUCAGUUAAUUCGAUUGUAUGCCAGUGGACCUCCAACGCACUAUGAUGUUCUGAAUCUCAAUAAAAAUUGUACAGCCGAUGAAAUUCGACAAGCCUUUAUAAAACUUUCAAAACAGUUUCAUCCAGAUGUGAAGGGCGCAAAAACAGACCCAAAAGAUACUGCAAAGUUUGUGAAAAUCUCUGAAGCCUAUCAAGUUCUAAGCAAAACGAAUACAAGAGAUGCAUACGAUCAAGAUCUAUUGGCAAGAAGUUCAGGUAUCCACAGAGGUUUUAAGAAACCAGAAGUUCACAGACCCUGGGAGGUGAAACCAAAUUAUGAUCCAAAUCCUGGUCCAUAUUAUGGGAUAAAAGGUGUGCGUAAAGUAUCCAAUGCUACCAUUGUUAUGUUACUAAUCGGUUUCGCAAUGACUGGAGUUGGAAUUGGAUUUAUUUCAGUAAGGAAAUCCUUUGAAUUAAAUCGUAGUCAGUUGGAUGAGUUAUCAAAGGAAGCUGGUGAACAUCAUGCUGCGGUCAGAGUUAAUGCUCAAAAGUUUGGCAAUGAUGAGCAAUUAAAAAGAAUGGUAGAUAGGAUGUUAAAUAGACCCCAAUGAGCUAAUGUUGGGAUACAUACAUGAUUGCCAUCAAUGUUUUCUAGAUUUGAUAUUCGAGGAUAUUAGUAAUGUAAAUUGUUAGUUUUGUGAUAAGAAUUAGUGUGUUUAGUUUUGAAUAAAGAUGAGACUUGUUUUUUAAAAAUAA